AUGGAUGAAAGAUCUCUAAAAGCUUUUGAAACACUUGGAACGCAUAUAAAAAGGCGUUCAAGUUUGGGUUCGAUGGCUUCACAGCUGGAACAUUCAACGAUUGUAUCAGUGAAAUCGUGUAAUACGGCGAAAAUUUAUGAAGAGAAAACAGACCAUGGCUUUUGUUUGAUGUAUGAAGGCGAUAUAAAAAACAGUAAAAAUGAAAACUACGUCGAAUUCGGCGACUGUCAAUUGGAUGCGAGCAGUUCAAGUUGUGAUCGUGUUGAAGAUGAGAGUGAUGUUGCAAAUGGUACCGUAAUCGUGGAACCAAGGUUCAAAUAUUCAAGAAUACUCAAUAAUGCGCCUAUGAUACUUGCAAAAGAUGCUGCUAGUUGCAUUGCAGUUCAUGAUAAAUUCAUUGCAAUUGGUACUCAUUCUGGUUAUAUAUAUAUCAUGGAUCAUCUUGGCAACUUACACCCCGAAAGUACGGUUCGUCAUCACGUUGGUUCUGUAGUCAAAAUAUCAAUUGAAAAAUCUGGUGGUUACUUUGUGAGCUGCGGUCAAGAUGCCAGAAUUAGUAUAUAUGGAAUCGGUUGCAGUGAUUACACACAAAUUAUUGAGCUCAGAUAUGCUGCUCGAUCAGUGUCAGUUUCACCUGACUUUAGCAAACGAAAUUCUAUCCAAAUGUUUGUUAGUGCAGAAAGAAAUCUUCAGUUACAUGAACGGAGAUUUUUAAAAACUUACAAAUCUACUAUAUUGUUUCAAGGACUAAUUCGAGAUGGAAUUAUAAUGCAAACAUCUUGGCAUGAUUCCUUCAUAGCAUUUACAAAUAACACCGGUACAAGAAUUUAUGAUAGGAGUCUCGAAAGAAUUGUAGCAUUAAUUCAGCCAGCUAGGAAAGUUCCUCCUUUUGAUGUUUCACGAGCAAGGCCUUCUCACUGUUGGCUUGAUAAUAUUACUCUAGCUGUAGGUUGGCUGAAUAAUAUAUCAAUUUGUUCACUUGUGGAUUGUAUUAAUCAACCUUCCAGCUGUGGUUUAAUGCGCAAAGUCGAAAUGCGCAAUAUUUGGGAAUUGGAUUUGCUAAUUGCAGAUAUUUCUUAUUCUCCAUCUAUGAAUUCAACAAAUUGGAAGGAAAUUGUUGUAUUUGGUACUAAAACUAAGCAGAAUAAUGCAAAUAUCAAAGAAGCAGAGGUACAAUUCGUCUCACUCGAACCUGAAGUUUUAGAAUCAUUUGUUAUAAUCACCGAUGAUCGUCUCGAUAUGCAUAUCGAUACUGCCCAAGAUAUCUAUCAUUUACAUAUGUGUGCCUUACCCGAUGAAUCGUUGUAUUUUAUGUUAAGUACAAAGGAUUUUAUUAUGGCUCAACUUUGUUCUGCAGAUGAUCGUGUUCGUUGGUAUCUUGAAAACAGUUUGCUUCGAGAAGCUAUGGAAUAUGCAAAUCAAUAUGUAUUCCAGUUAAAAGAUUUGGAUCCUUUAGAUAUUGGCAAACAAUAUAUCGGAUCAUUGAUUGAGAAAAAACGUUUUGCUGAAGCUGCAUCUAAUUUAAAAAUAGUAUGUGGUAAACACAAAGAUCUUUGGGAAUAUUAUGUUAAUGAAUUUGAGCAAAAUAAUGUAUUGCUGCAAAUAGCCCGAUAUCUUCCUGUUAGAGAUCCACAGCUGGAACCUGAAUGUUAUCAGAGUGUUUUAAUUGCUGCCCUUUACAACCACCCAUUAUUAUUUUACAAGUUAGUGAAGUCCUGGAGUCCUGAUAUCUACAGAGCGGGUGCAAUAAUAGAAUUAGCAAUAAGACGUGUUAUACAUGAAGAACAAGCAAAAAAUCUUUCGGAGGAAGAUAUAAUAACCAUUUACCGAUCAUUGGCAAGACUUCAUUUACAUGAACGCAAAUAUGAGAAAGCCCUAAUAUUGUAUAUUAAUUUGCGUGAUAAAAGCGUUUUUCACGUGAUUGAAAAGUACAAUCUUUUUGACAUGGUGAAGAGUAAUAUUUCGAAAUUGAUGGCACUGGAUGCAGAUUUAACGAUUCGUUUGUUGAUUGAAAACGCUGGUAGCCUUCCUACAGCAACAGUUCUUAGCCAGAUUUCAAAAUAUCCAAAAUUGCAGAUGGCUUAUUUAAAUCGGCUUUUCGAAAGGAAUCAAGGUGAAGAAUUUGCAGAUCUUGCGAUUCGUUUAUAUGCAGAAUAUGAUCAUAAACGUUUAAUGAAUUUUCUGCGCAAAAAUGAAUCUUUUGACAUUGCAAAAGCAAUGGAGAUAUGUGAGCGCAAGAAAUAUACAGAUGAGUUGAUUUUUUUACUUGGUCGUAGUGGCGACAGAUUAAAAGCGUUAAAUUUGCUUGUGCAUAAACUUGAUCGAAUGGAAUCCGCUAUUGCUUUUUGCCGUGAAAAUGAUGAUGCAGAUCUAUGGAAUGCGCUUAUCGAUGAAGCGACCACAAAUUCUCGGCAUAUCACUCAACUUUUGAAUGCAGCUGGUAAUUAUAUAGAUCCGCUAAGUGUUAUUCAAAAGAUUCCAUCGCAGAUGUCUAUUCCUAAUUUGCAAAAUUUGUUGAUAAAAAUUUUGCGCGACUAUGAAUCGCAAGUUCAAAUGCAGCAAGAAUGUUUAUCUGCAACGAUAGCAGAUUCUGAUUCUCUUUUGUUGAAACAUUUAAUCAUUUGUGCGAGCCCAUCAGAAAUCAGCGAGACUUCUUUGUGCAGUGUAUGCAAAAGCAAUAUUAUUACAAACGAUUCAUCAAGUCGGAAAGUUUCAGAUGAUAUACUCGUUUUUGCUUGCAGUCAUCUUUUUCAUAAAAAAUGCUUGGAUCAAUCCGAGCUUCAGGCAGAAUGUUGGAGGAAAAGUGUCGAAGAUGGUUUUUGCUUAUUGUGCUGUGAUCGAAACGAAAAAAAAGAUUAA